UGAAAAAAAUCUCCACCACACCAAAGGCUACACUUUUCCUCUUCAUCCCCAGUAUAUCCCCCCCGCAAUCCGCAGUACAGGAUCACAAAAAACAAAUCCCAGAAGCCAAAAGGGGUAGGGUAGGUAUUUCAAUCCAUUGUUAUUAUUCAUAAAAUUGUGAUGAAGGAACACACAGUGACAGUGGUUGUGAUGCUGUCAUUGCUUUGCACGUGUGGAGCAAUUAGCACUAGCGGCAACCUGCAUCCGUUGAUUCUAGUACCUGGUAAUGGAGGGAACCAACUAGAAGCCAGAUUGACGCAUGAGUACAAGCCCUCUAGUUUUAUUUGCGAAUCAUGGUACCCUCUUAUCAAGCAGAAGAAUGGAUGGUUCAGACUAUGGUUUGAUUCCAGCGUUCUACUCGCCCCUUUCACUCAAUGCUUUGCAGACCGCAUGAUGCUUCACUACCACCCUCAACUCGAUGAUUACUUCAAUACCCCUGGGGUUCAGACUCGGGUCCCUCACUUUGGUUCCACCCGCUCCCUUCUUUAUCUCAAUCCUCGUUUGAAGCUUAUCACCGGAUACAUGGCACCCUUGGUAGAUUCAUUACAAAAGCUUGGUUAUACCGAUGGUGAGACUCUGUUUGGAGCACCCUAUGAUUUUCGAUAUGGUCUAGCGGCCGAAGGUCACCCCUCAAAAGUGGGCACCGAGUUCCUGAAAGACCUUAAGAAUUUGAUAGAAGAAGCAAGCACUUCCAAUGGUGGGAAGCCAGUGAUACUUCUCUCCCACAGCUUAGGAGGCCUAUUUGUCCUACAACUCCUGAAUCGAAACCCCCCCUCUUGGCGCAACAAAUUCAUCAAACACUUCAUAGCUCUUUCAGCUCCAUGGGGUGGUGCUGUAGACGAAAUGUUCACCUUUGCAUCUGGUAACACUCUUGGAGUUCCCCUAGUGGACCCUUUGAUAGUGAGGGGUGAACAGAGAAGCUCUGAGAGCAACCUAUGGCUUUUGCCCAACCCCAUGAUUUUUGGUCCUCAAAACCCAAUAGUGAUCACUCCAAAUAAGAGCUAUUCAGCGCAUGAUAUGGCUGAUUUUCUCAAAGACAUUGGUUAUCCUGAAGGGGUGUAUCCUUAUGAAACUCGCAUUCUACCCUUGAUAGGGAACAUUCAAGCACCAGAAGUGCCUAUAACUUGUAUUGUAGGGACGGGCGUGAAAACCUUGGAGAUUUUGCUUUACAGAAACGGUGACUUUGAUGAACGACCCGAAAUUUCUUAUGGUGAUGGUGAUGGAACGGUGAACAAUGUGAGCUUGUUGGCGCUUCAGUCACUAUGGAAAGAUGAGAGAAAUCAAUACCUCAAAGUGAUCAAGAUCGGUGGGGUGUCGCAUGCUUCAAUACUUAAAGAUGAAGUUGCUCUUGAUGAAAUAAUAGGCGAGAUUAGUAGAAUUCAUUCUCAUGCUGAGCUUGGUUUAAGCAAUGUUUAUUCGGGAUAAACGAUGGGACAUGAUCACGGUACGUGAACGAUGGUUAAAUAUCCAUUUCAAUUGUAAUAUUCAAACAGUAUUUUUUAAAACUCUCUUUUAUUAUGCUUAUCUUAUCUCACAAUUCUCACAUUUUUUUUAUCUCUUUUUAUGAUCGAAAAAUUCUACAAAAAAGAUUGUAUAAUACAAGUUUAUUAUCCAUUCUCUGCCAAUUAAUUUUGUGUGGGAUUUAUAG